GUUUGUUUACGUUUCGGUUUUUCAGACAAGUUGCUACAAUGGAUCGAGCCUAUGGAACUCGUAAGGGCUUCAGGGACUUUGACAUUGAAGACAGCCGGUCCUACAAGUCACGGGUGAAGCAACAAUGUCCCUAUUGCCCCAAGUCCCUCCUGCACGUCAACAGACACAUUAUGCUGGCUCAUAGAGAAGCAUACAGAGCUCGUCAUGCUGCUCGCUCCUCAUACACAAAGAAAAUUAAACAAAUGAAUGCCUAUCCUGAAUACUCACACCGAGACUAUGAGGCCUCUUCCAAGUACUCGGAGCACUACAUGCAUCCGAGGCAUGAGCCACAGAGAAUGGCUGCUCCAGAGCCUAAGUGUGCAGAGGCGCUGAGCCACCAUGACAUGCCUGAGGCAAGCGAUGACGACAAACCUCGACUCCACAGUGGCAGGUCUGAGGAACCUAUUAAGUGUUCACGUUGUGAUACAUUCAUGAUACCCAAACUUGAGAACAUCAUUGAACAUCAGAAGCACUGCACUCCUCCUUCUCAGGCCUACCCACAGACUGUCGCUGCUCCUUUGCCAAAUAUAAGGGAGAGUGGAUACCUCACAGGCAUGAGCCGUGGAUAUCCUAAUCUUUCCUCAUCAUCCAGCUCUGCGCAUCUCAAUGGUGAUGAUGGCUACCCUGGAUCUCAUCAAAAAAGCUCCUAUGCUGUGCACCCUACAUCUCUCACUUUCACCGAUGUUGCCAUUGUGGAGGAAUUUCAGCGUGAACUGAUGCCAGCUUUUACGGACUCUGAAGUGGAUAUAAUCUGUAAGACGGAUGACACGCUUAUACUUCUAGGCAGCCAGAUGGCUCAGAGUUUGAAGGGUUACACUAAAGAGAACCGUCUAUAUCAAACCAUGGCUUUCAUGCGCAACAUUGCAGAUGUGUACACGCACUUUGAUCAAUACGCUGCGAGUGUUGGGCUACAACUUCAAGUCAUUGACAUGUUCCAUACAAGUCAUCUUCCGCUGCUGGAUGCUGUCAUCAAACUUGAGACCAUGUCUGCAUCAACAAGCAGUGCUAAAACCAAGCAAGACUUCUUCAAAUCAACACUCAAAUCGUGUAUACACUUGCUCAAAGGAUGGUACAAUGCCUGCAAGAAGGAAAUAUUCAAGAAAGAGCAAGAAAUUGGCAAUUUUGAGACUAGUUUUUCAAGCUAUUGGCAGAAUGGUAUGAAGUAUGACACGCGCAGUAUUUCUUUACCUGCUGCUACUGAAGCCAAAGACGCAGCACCUGCCUUGAAGAAUGGAGUGUUAGAUGCUGGAGAAAGUUCAAUGGAAGGGUCGCAAAAUAUCUCAAAAGAAAGAAAAACUAGUAUGGAUGACGAGCAUUUAGUCUGUAACGGGGAAAAACCCACCGAAAAUAACUCAUCCAUGGAAACUUCGGAAUCAGAGACCCUGCACCCGCAGACCAAACUUUCACAGGACGUUAAUCUUGCAGACAAAAGCUGCCCAAACAAAACCAACUCCUGCAAUGAAAAGCCAAGUGAAAGUGAAAAUUUGCAGGAAAAACAUGAAACUGAAACUGAAAAUAGAAAGUCAGAGUCUGAAUCCCACAAUGAAAACACAUUAGUAAACACGGAAUUGACAACAGAAAAUAUUAAUAAUAAACCUUCCACAUCUUCUGAACAAUGCAGCUCAGAGGAGCUCAAGGAGGACCUGCUAGAGGCUCCAAAAAACGGGGUGUCUCCCCCCCACGGGGGGGCGGAGGACGUCCUGUCCCCGGGCAGCGACAAGCUUGAUUUUUUUGACAGCUACAUCGAGGACCUCUCAAGAACACAGGCCGUGUCGGGUAGGUGGGACCAAGGGAGCGGCAGCGUGCUGCUCUCGGAGGACUUCUUCGAGCAUCCAAUCUUCUCUCGGCACGGCAAACGCGGCGGCGCCCGCAGGCUGUCGCAGGCCCUCAGUGUUGACAGUUACUGCAGGCCAGGCAAGCGCAGGUACCUGCGCUGGAGCUCCCAGGACACCGUCGUGAUCCUGGACAGCUUCUCCAAGUACAUCGUGCAGGAGGACGAGGGGUGCAGGGGGCAGCUGCCUGGUACGGGG